GGCAGUUUGCCAGUCCCGUUCGCAAGCUUCUCGAGUGUACACUAUCUGCGAGAUAGUGGGAAUGACUUCUAAGAAAGUAGUAUUUUCCGUGAGCAAUCAGAGUGCUGUAGCUGGAAGUGGGACACGUUUGUGCAACCUGGUGUUUUCUAGCUUAACGUUGUCCGCGCAAUGGCUAACUUCUUAGGAAGUUGUCGUGAGCUGUUACUGGAACUGGGAAUAUAUUUGUGGUGCGCUGUGACGCGGACCCUUUUUGCUCUGUGGUUUUAUUGGCAGAGGCCUGUACCGUUGCCACCCGUAAUCGACAAGCUUCUUCUUCGCUCUGCUACAUCUCUUGCUGGCGACAUCAGAAAUGGCAAGGUAAAAAGCACGGACCUCAUAUCAGCCUACAUCCGACGCAUCCGGGAAGUGCAGCCCAUCAUUAACGCUGUCGUCGAGGAAAGGUUCGAAGAGGCUCUCAAAGAUGCCGAAGAGGUAGACAGACUGGUGGCAUCGCGAACCAUGAGCGAGAGCCAAAUGAGCAACGAAAAGCCUCUGCUGGGGCUGCCUUUCACUGUCAAGAACAGCAUCGCCGUGAAAGGUUUGCGCCAGGACGCCGGCUCAUUGUUCUGGCACGGGCGGCGUGCCACGGAGGACGCGCCAAGUGUGGCGCUGCUUCGGGCAGCUGGUGCCAUCCCGCUGGCACUGACCAAUGUCCCCGAGCUGUGCAUGUGGGGCGACUCGAUGAACCUGGUGGACGGUUGCACCCGGAACCCUUACGACACGCGCCGAAGCCCUGGUGGAAGCAGUGGUGGAGAGGGAAGCCUCCUAGCCGCAGCUGGCUCCCUGAUGGGCAUAGGCACGGAUCUCGCGGGUAGCGUUCGAGUACCGGCAGCCUAUUGCGGGAUCUUCGCCCAUAAGGCAACUUCCGGUGUGGUGCCAAACACUGGCCUGCUUCCAGAUGUCGGAGAGAAUCUGGAGCAGUACAACUGCGUGGGACCCAUGUGCCGGUUCGUGGAAGACGUGUCACUGAUGCUCAACGUCCUGGCAAAAUAUGUGGCCAAUAGGCUCAAACUAAACAAAAAGGUGAAUAUCAAGCAUCUGAAGGUUCAUUACAUGGACACGGAAGGAAGCUUGUACAUCAGCCGUGUGACCACGGAGGCUACCAGAGCAGUUAGGCGGGUGACUGAGUACCUGAAGACGGCUCAUGGGAUCGAACCAAAGCGACUCCACAUACCAGAGGUGCAGUUCAUGACGGUCACGUGGUUGAAGUUUGUUGCUGCCAAGGAGCCCAAGCCUUUGGCAGAGAUGUUCAGGCCCGGUGGUUUCAACACUGUAAAUGAACUGAUCCGCUUCCUUGUGGGAGCUAACCGUCACACACUCGCCGCGAUGGCGUUAUCCAACAUGACGCGACUUUUCAGCUUCUGUUCGGAGCAGAAUGCUCAAGCCUGCGUCGCCUCCGUCGAGAGCGCCCGCGACCGCUUCGAGGAGACUCUCGGCGACGACGGAGUUCUCCUACUGCCAGCGGCCACGAAAUCUGCCCCGUUUCAUAACCAGGACUUGAUGUUCUUCGAUUCGCCGGGCAUGACAGCCCUGUUUAAUUUAUUCAAGGUGCCCGUCACUGUGUGCCCUGUUAUGAGGUCGGCGGACGGAUUGCCCCUGUGCGUACAGGUAGUGGCGAAGAGAGGAAACGACAGACUAUGCCUAGCUGUCGCUAGAGAAAUCGAGAGACGCUUUGGUGGGUGGUCAGAGCCUUAUGUGACACUUCCGAGAGGCUUUUGAUGCCCUCAACCUGCUUUUACUAAACGGUGUUCUACGGGUUGUUAAAUUUCCCUUAUUUGAAUGGGCUUGCAUCACGUGAAAUAGCAUGAGCGCUACAAAAAAGGUGGCUUGUUUAACAGCGAGUCUCAUAGUCGGCUUUCUGUGGCAGUUUCUUAUCGCUAUGAUGCCUCAGACCGUGCAUUGAAAGUAAGGAGAACGAGUGUACUGAAUUCUUUUCAAAUCAGCAUGGUGACACCCACAUUUAAUCCUGUGGUCGGGGCAGAAUUCACGCAAAAUAGCUCAAAAAAGUUCUUUUGUCAACCACUUAAUUUAGGAUACGAAUGAUCAGAAUCUGAGCACACUUGAGUUGUUUGCACUCUAAAUUUCAUGUGUUUUUUUAAUGACCCAUAUGGUCAUGCAAAUUAUAAAGAAAUCAGUAACGCCCAGCUGCAUUGCUAAUCUUGGCGCACUUGGUACUGUGGUGUACGUACGCUGAAGCAGCAAAAACAAAAAAUAUGCCCGACGUCUUUUGAAAGCUCGUUUCACCCACGGAAUAAAACCCCCAUAAUGAAUA